AAAAGUUGUGAAAUUGUGAAAUAUUUCAACGCGCCACCCAGCAAGAACUGCAUCCGACACAUUGCACAAGCGCUCUGAGAACUGAAAGCGGCACCGUAAACCAAGCGACCCGGGGCGGCGGUGUCAACUGUCAAACAGAUGACACGACAGUGUGGGAGCGAGCAGGCAACAGUACAUAAAAAAAGAGGAGUCAACUUUUCUGGGACCGAAAGAAGCGAAAAUUCCGUGCCGAUCGUGUUUGCGCUAUCCUGGAUUUUUCACGCCAGGUGCAGAGAAAAGUCGGAAAAUUGGGUGCACCGUGCAGCUACAUCGUUCGGUACAGACGCACACAAAGACGGCCGCCUACGCAAACCGAUAGAUCCGGUGCAGCGAGCGUGAUUAGCUUUCAUUUCCCCCUCCCAACACUCUCUGCACGGACCUGGAACUGCAACGCGUUCCAACACGGGGGUAGUAGUAGUGGUUGGUUGUCCCUUGGCCUGAUAAUUGGAGCGGUGCCGCCGACCGUCGAACGUCCUCCCGGCAUUGACCGACCGCGAAGACCGCGUUGAAGACGUCCUGGUGUUUGUGUGUGUGCUGCUGUAUUGCUGGAGCACGCCAAGGAGACGGUUUUAAUCGUAUCUCUGAAGCGAGCGUGUGUGUAUGUGUCAGUGCAGUGUGUAUGUGUGUGCUGAUGUUGCGGUGCGUGUGGUUGUGCGUUAGUAAAAAAAGUGAAUCCAAGUAGGCAGGGCCCACACCAAAAGCGGGGGUCGUGCAAAGCCGUUGUCCGCAAGGCCCCGUUGUUCGUACCAUCUCCCCACGGGAGCUGAAAGAAGUUGUGUGCGUGGAAAAGUGUUUUUAUAAUUAAUUUGUUGGUGCAUUGAAGUAAGACGGGUGGAAACCACCCCCUUCCAGCGACACACAAGGGCUCUCGCGGAAGCCGCUGACGAUCGUGAGAUCACGCGAAAGGAGUGGCAGCAAAAAAAGAAGCGCCGAAUUUGGGAAGUGAAGCGAAGGAAGUCCCAUCCCUUCCCGGGGUUAGCGAAACCAGCAAACAAGGCAAAUUUGACGUAACUUACCACCACUACCACCACCACCAUCGUUGAGGCAAAGGCAGUUUGCCAGUUUUGGAUGAGCAAAAAUGAUUCUGCUAGAGAUCAACAACAGGAUUGUGGAGGAAACGCUUACAGUGAAAUUCAAGAAUGCAAUCGCAGGGAACAAGGCGGAAUCCAUCGAUGUGACGGUAGCAGACUUCGAUGGAGUUUUAUUUCACAUCUCGAACAUAAACGGCGAUAAAACGAAAGUGCGAACGAGCAUAUCGCUGAAAUUCUACAAGCAGCUACAGGAGCACGGUGCCGAUGAGCUGCUGAAGCGCGAGUAUGGCGACCUGCUGGUAGCACCCGAGGACGGGUACAACGUGUCGGUGCUGGUCGAUCUGGAAAACAUACCGGAAAACUGGGAGGAAACGGUGCGAAAGAUCGGCCUGCUCAAACGAAACUGCUUUGCGUCGGUGUUCGAGAAGUACUUCGACUUCCAGUCGCAGGGCGAGGGCGAAGGCGAGGGCCAGAAGCGGGCAGUAAUUAACUAUCGUAACGAUGAAACGAUGUACGUUGAAGCAAAGCCGGACCGUGUGACCGUCGUGUUUAGUACGAUAUUCCGUGACGAGGACGACGUAGUGUUAGGGAAAGUGUUUAUGCAGGAGCUGCGCGAGGGCCGAAGAGCUUCCCACACGGCGCCGCAAGUAUUAUUCUCCCACCGGGAGCCACCGCUUGAGCUGGCCAAUACCGGGGCACGGGUCGGCGAGAACAUAGGCUACGUAACGUUCGUACUAUUCCCACGGCAUACCGCGAAGGAAACGCGCGAUAACACGAUCAAUUUAAUUCACAUGUUCCGUGAUUAUUUGCAUUAUCAUAUUAAGUGUUCGAAGGCAUACAUCCACUCCCGAAUGCGGGCAAAGACGACGGAGUUUUUAAAGGUGCUCAACCGUGCUCGACCGGAGCCCAAAAUUACGGAAAAGAAAACAAUAACCGGCCGAACAUUCAUCAGAAAAGAAUGAUUCUAGAAGUUGUCGGACGCGUCUAGUUGUUAAAUGUGUAAGUAUUCAAAACGAACCUAAUAAAAGGAGGAAAAGAGACAGCACGAGAAAAGCGCAAACGGAGGGAAAACCGAUGGCAGAAAUCCCAACUGGUCUCUCUUUUUUUCGGAAGGAAGUGUAAGUGUAAAGGAAGUGGGUUUUGGGCGAAUCUGCUAUCGCGAGGACAAAACAGUGCAGUGUCCGUGAUUUGGUAGGCAUAAAACCAAACCACCAUCCCCACUCUUCUUCGCCGAAGCAUCGUAAGCAAAUAAACCAUUUUCAAGCUGGUAACCAAUUGUUUUCGACAGUGUGUUCCUCUUUGGUGGGGCGAAAGGUACACCACCACCCAUCGGUGUAGGAAACGGCCAACGAAAUAGUAAUCGUAAGCCACAACAAGAGCAAAUGGUGCAUAGGUGUGUGGUAUAUAUAAGCUAACAGCAAACAAAUCCUAGCCUGUUACAAUAGAAUUCUAAACUUCUCACCCGAGAUAGCCCGAGAAAAAAGGGGAAUAAAGGCCACCACAAUUUAGCCUAUUACAAAGUUUGACACACAUUUGAUAGUUAAAAAUUAGUCGAAAAUAUGCAAUUUCGAACCAACCCACAUACCCACAUGCCGCAAAAUGGAUGCAAAUUCAAACACACCAUUAUAAGAGGAAAAAACAGUCAGUAGCAUUCAUUCUUAAUCGUCGCUGCCAAUGUGAAACAAAACAAGAAAAAAGCUGUAUCGUGUAAACAAAUAGAACUAAAAAAAGCGUUAGGAAAAUAGGGCCAAAUGUAAUUCUUAACGGCUUUGCAAAAAAACAAGAGGAAAAAGUGUAGGAGUGGUUUAAUUGAAAGAGAAAAAUAGAGCUACGCUAGUAAGGAACGGGAGAAGCAAGUAAAAAAUUACUGUAUAAGCUAAGGAAUAACUAAUUUUAUAAAAAGAAAGGAAGAGCAAAAUUAAAAAAAAGAGGGCACGAGUCAGACAAGGCAAAAAACGUGGUGAACGGCAUAAGAGAGUAGAGUAAGAAGACGCAUUUAUCCGGAAGCCACACAGCGCAUGCAAUGCCACACACACACUGCUAAAAACUAAAAUCGCACAAACGAACAGAACAACAAUGGUCAGUGCUGCUUGAAGUUGUUGGCGCUGUGGUUUGCUCUGGUUGGUGCGGGCAAAAGUGGGAAAAAAGGACGAGAAGCAGCAAAGAAGAAGAAGAAGAAGAAAACGGAAGACACACUAAUCAAUUUACUAAUCAAUUGCGAAUGAGAUAUCAAAAAGGAGAGCUCUAAUGGUAAUGGAAGGCGCGUGAUCGUUUGUUACAAGAUACCGAUUCGUUGGAGAUGAUGGCGCAAAGGAUUGAAAAAUUAAGCAAGAGCUAGCACAUUAAUAAGCGCAUUAAUAACCCUCCAUUAAGAGCGGUCCCUAGAGUCCGAAGAGAAAAGGGAUAACUCUUCUGGAUAGGAAUUAAAGCAAAAUGAAUGCAAUAUACUAAUCGAUUGAGAGAAGAAAAUGGUGUACUAAAAUCGAAAGGGACGAGAGAGAACGAGAGGCCGUAACUAGUUACGUGGGGCAUAGAUUGUUUUCCUCAUCAAAUUUUACCAAACUACACGCAAGAAAAAAGCCGUUGUUUACUAUUAACUACUACAGCUAAUAUUAUUAUUACCUAGUAGCCUUUAGUGCGAAAACACCGUCGGUGAAGUGAAACUGGAGGGAAAAACAUGACUAGAGAGAGACGAAAUGAGUACUAAGAACAAGCAAGCCUAGCAAACGAACAGAUAGUUAAGAAAUGAUCCUCAUUUAUAGGUAGCGUUCGCGUUUCUGGUAGAGAGAGAGAGAAGAUUAACGGUAGGAUUGGGUGCGAGGGAUGGCCAUUAACCUGGGAUCGCGGCGAUCGAGCUUCUAAUUGCGGUGUACUGUGGUGAUGAUGAUGAUGAUGAUCGGUGGAUCAUAUUCUUCCAGUUGUUUGUAGUGAAUGUAGAGUGAGAGAUGUGCGUGUGUGUUUGUGUGUGCGUGUGGUCGUGCCACCCAAACCACGGCCCCCGGAGGAAGGAAGGAAGGAAGACCAGGAGCAUUACUAAGAGUGAAAUCCUGCAGUGCAUUUAUAUUAACUUAGUGGGGCAAACAGGCAAACAACCACAACACACCACAACACCAUUAAACCAGGCAAAGCGAAGCCAAAUACCAUGCCCUUGCCUUGCUUUUUGUGUUUGGUUUUCCUCGUUUUGCCUCUAGCGCAAGCGUCCCUUUUAAAGGGUGCUAUCGUUGCGGGCGGGAAUAGUACACCCUGCGUAAUGUGUCGUCGCCAGCCAAAACACUCCUCCCUCCCAUGGAAUGUAAAAAGAAAUCCAUCUCCCAUUUUCUAUAGCUAGCUAAGCGAAAGGAUGGCCACCACCACACGCCUAUAUACACAAAAUUGACUUUUUGCGGAAGGUUUAUGCGGACACAUAUGCCCAAGCCCGUUUUUACCAUCCCAAUCUUAAAGGCAGUAGCGAAUUCGGGCCCCAUUCGAUAAAACUUCCUACAUCGGAUAGAAUGUGAUAUCCUCCUUUGCCUCCUGUAGCUUUCCGUUGCGCUAUCAACGGUGUGCGUGUGUGUCCACCUUCAAGCUCUCGUUAAUAUCCCUCCCAAAAACAACAAGAAGAAAAAGAAAAACGCAUCGUAUCUGGUUUGCAGUAGAGCAAAUGCUUAGGAAAAAGUUAAUAAUCAUACUUUGAACGUGUUUUACAUCAUCCCCCCCAGAAAUCAAGGCUCUCUCUCCAGCAAAACCUAACAAGUGUGUUUCCACUUCAAACCGGUACUGUCGGUCGGCAAGACCCAGACCGAGACACAGUGGAUGAAGGGACAGAGGGGGGUUAAAAUUACUUGAAACCUUGUGCAAAAGUGAGCUCCAAAAAUGAACUAAAAAUCGAGAAAACCGAAAAGAAUGCAACCAAUCUUCAAUAAAUCCAACAAAACAAA